GGCUGGAGUCGGUGGCUGGGUCGGUCGACGAAAGCGGCAGUAGCAGCAGCAGCAGGCGGCAGCAGACGCACCGUGGACCGGCGGGAGGACGCACGGAGGAGCCGCUGUGUGAGCCACCACAGAAACUAACCGGGUGUUCCACAUCUGUAUGGCACGUGAACACCGCCCUCUGGUUCGAGCCUCAUCGUGAAAGUACUCGUGCCCGGGGGGAUAACUUAUGAAGUGACACCGGCCGCAGCGGAGGAGCCGUGCCGUGCCGAGCUGGGCCACAGGGAACCGGACUCUGCUCUGAAGCUGGCAGGGGUAGGUAGAGGCAGCGAGCAUGGAUGAGCCGGGCAGCAGAAACAGCAGCCUGCAGAGGAAGAAGCCACCGUGGCUCAAACUGGACAUCCCCACCAUUCAGCUCACACCAGAUGACUCAUCCACCGACAUUCAGCCAGUCAAGCGCCUGCGCAGUGUCAGCAUGCCAGGGGAAAACCCUCAGACCUGCAUUGCUGCCCUGGAGACUUCAAACAACUACCUCAGACCUCCUCUGCAGAGACAGCCCUCCAUCACACAGUCUAUUAAGAGUGGAAAAAGGGUGCGCUUUGAGCGCGUCAACACGGUGCCCCCAAAGGGCCAGAGGAGCCCCAGGAGGGUGUCAACCGAUCGAAGGCGGUCCUGCAUCCCCAAAAUACUGACCCGACGGCGUUCAUCUAUACCCAAACAGAUCAUCAGGGGUACGGCCGACUGGUUUGGCGUGAGCAAAGACAGCGACAGCACCCAGCGAUGGAGGAGGAAGAGCCUGCAGCACUGCAGCCAUCUGUACGGAGGCCUGAAGGCUCAGGUGAUGAGGGAAAUGGAGCUCCACAGCCAGGACAACCUCUCCCUGGCCAGCACUGAGACCCCUCCUCCCCUCUACCUCCCUCCCCUCCACCCCAGUCACCACCACUAUGGCAUGCAGAGGAUCGUAGACCCCCUGGCCCGGGGUCGUGCCUUCCGCAUGGUGGAAGAGGUCGACGGCUUCAGUGUCCCGCAAACUCCCCUCACACCUGGCACCGCCUCCCUCUGCUCCUUCUCGAGCUCCCGCUCGGCCCUCAACCGGUUGCCGCGAAGACGCAAACGGGAGUCUGUUGCUGUCAUGAGUCUCAAGGCUGCUGCAGCUCUAAUGAAGGGCCGGACGUUAGGGGACAGCACCGCCGGGCGUCAUCGAAGACGGAGUUUCAUGCCUCCUAGUUUCUAUGAAGACGACACUGUGGACCUUUCUGAUGAUCUGGACACUUCCUUCUUCACCAGAGACGGUCUGCAGGAUGAGUUGUCCAGUUAUGCAGAUGAGGUUUUCGAAUCACCGUCAGAGGCUGAACUCAAACAGCUGGAUGAGAGCGAGCUCACAGGAAGUGCCCUGGAUAAGAAUGAGCUGGAGAGGACUCACCUCAUGCUGCCUUUGGAGCGAGGAUGGCGCAAAGGGAAAGACGUCUCUCUGGUCCAACCUAAAAUGCGUCUGAAACAGGAAGUUGUAAGUGUCAACAGCCAUCAACAGCGCGGACAACGGAUUGUGAUUCCGGUUAAGAAGCUGUUUGCCCGAGAGAAGAGGCCGUACGGGCUCGGCAUGGUUGGACGUCUCACAAACCGGACCUACCGUAAGCGCAUUGACAGCUUUGUCAAGAGGCAGAUUGAAGACAUGGAUGAUCACAGGCCUUUCUUUACCUACUGGAUCACAUCCGUCCAUUUGCUCAUCACCAUUCUGGCUGUGACUAUCUACGGCAUCGCCCCUGUGGGCUUCUCACAACAUGAAACUGUUGAUUCUGUGUUGAGGAACAAAGGAGUUUAUGAAAAUGUGAAGUUUGUGCAACAACAAAACUUCUGGGUCGGACCGAGCUCAGAGGCGCUGAUCCACCUAGGAGCCAAGUUUUCCCCGUGCAUGCGUCGGGACCAAGAGAUCCAGAAACUGAUGCAGGAAAAGAGAGCGAGAGAGAGCGAGUCAGGCUGCUGUGUGAGGAACGAUCGCUCCGGCUGCCUGCAGACGUUACAGGAAGAGUGUUCGAGCACCCUGGCAGUGUGGGUGAAGUGGCCUCAGCACCCCAGUGCUCCCUAUCUGAAUGGUGAGCUUCGCCAGCAUGGUGCAGUCUGCCAUCAGGACCCCAGAAUUUGUCUGGAGCCAGCCUCAGUUUCACCUCAUGAGUGGCCUGAUGACAUCACCAAGUGGCCAGUUUGCACGAGGUACAACUCCGGGAAUCACACCAACCUCCCCCACAUAGACUGCACCAUCACAGGCCGGCCGUGCUGCAUCGGAACCAAAGGACGGUGUGAAAUCACUUCCAGAGAGUAUUGUGACUUUAUGCACGGCUACUUCCAUGGAGAGGCUACUCUCUGCUCACAGGUGGCCUGCAUGGAUGAUGUGUGUGGUUUGCUGCCUUUUCUCAACCCAGAGAUCCCAGACCAGUUUUCCAGACUCUGGCUGUCUCUCUUUCUUCAUGCAGGCAUCCUGCACUGCCUGGUGUCAGUGUUGUUCCAGAUGACGGUGCUGAGGGACAUAGAGAAGCUGGCUGGCUGGCUGAGAAUCUCCAUCAUCUACAUGCUCAGUGGCAUCACUGGAAACUUGGCCUCAGCCAUCUUUCUGCCUUACAGAGCAGAGGUGGGUCCGGCAGGCAGCCAGUUCGGUAUCCUGGCCUGUCUGUUCGUGGAGCUGUUUCAGAGCUGGCAGAUCCUCGAGCGACCCUGGUGGGCGUUCGCCAAGCUGUUGGCCAUCUCAGUCUUCUUCUUCUCCUUCGGUUUGCUGCCUUGGAUCGACAACUUUGCGCACAUCUGCGGCUUCAUAUCGGGAUUCUUCCUGUCCUUUGCCUUCCUGCCAUACAUCAGUUUUGGGCCUUCUGACAUGUACCGCAAGCGAGUCCAGAUCUGCAUCUUCCUGCUGGUCUUCCUCGCCCUGCUCGCCGCCUUGGCCGUUCUCUUCUACGUCUACCCCAUGAAGUGUGACUGGUGCGAGUACCUCACCUGCAUCCCUAUCACUGACAAGUUCUGUGAGAAGUAUGACCUGAACGCCCACCUCCUCUGAACGACACGCUUGGUUUGCUACAGCAACCUGUGACAGAGCAGGAACAUUUCUCCUGGAAUAACAACCAUCAUUUCAGGAUACUAUGUGGAGGUAUGAAUUCUAAACGUAUUUGUUGCACAGUUUCGACAACAGAUCCACCAAUAAUAAGACCUAUGCAUGAAAGCCUGACUUCAAAUAUUCAUGUACAUGGGAGCAAAACACGACUGAAAAGGUGUAACGGUUGAUUAAUGUGUGACUGUUCUCUAGCUGGGCUAAUCACUGACCAGUCACACAUGGAGGGGGGGGGGGUAUACAGGCCACUAUUCCUUGCCAAAUAAUUUACCUCUCUUCUUACGGGACUCAACAGCACCCCUCAGUGGCCAAAAGGAACCUCACACCCUGCCAUGGCUGCAGAGGAGGAGUUGAGGUACUCCAACUUUGUUCUUUUUUUUUUUAUUGUCCUAACAGUUUAAUCCAUUUAUUGGAUUUUUCUUUGAGACUCUGAAUGUGCCUUAUUGACACACAACCACACACAUACACACAUGUUGUUUUGUGCCAUGUGUCAUGUGCCAUGUGUUUGUGUCAGCGGUUUCUGGCAUUACAGGUCGGACUAAUUUAGCUCUGUCGAACCAGUUUUUAACAAUCAAGACAAAAUCAUGUAUAAUAUGUGUUUACACAGCCCUUAAUGCACUUCUGUCACAGAUGGAUUGUUUUUUAUAUUCACCCUGUGUCUCAAAAGCCAGUGCAGAGGUGAAUUUUUCUUUUCUUUUAUUGAAAGUGGUUGCGUUUUAGCUACCUGACAAUAAAGACAACAAG